AUGGGAGUCAACCGCGCAAAAGUUAGCAAGUUUGGUCGUCGUCGUAUUACAAGAUACAACGCCAAGCACAUCCUCUCCGAGAUGUACGAGGCCGAGAGUCUCGACGCUGAGGUAGAUAGUGACGUCGCACGCGAGUUGGGCCUGACGUGGUUCUACGAUGAUUACCAUGGCAGCGCUGCUACUAUCAACCAAGAUCUAGCGGCCGCAGAUGAUACGCUUUACAAGAUGGGUAUUCUUUAUGAUACACCAACGGAGGCGGUGGUGGAUCCGUUCCCAGGGAUCGAAGUGGACCGAGACUGGGAUAUGGUGUCUUUGGCACCGACGGAUGGGGAGGGCGAGUGGGAUGUUGUGUCCAUUGUAACGGUGGAGGAUGAUAAUGCGGAUGCGGACGAUUGGGAAGAGCGGUCGGUGGCUUAG